AUGGCUCAUGAACUUGAUGGAUUUAUAUGUGCAUUUAAUUCUGAUCAUUGUUGUCGUUAUUGCCUCACACAUCACAGAGAUGUGAAAAAUAUUUACAAAGAAUCUCAGACAUUAAUUCGUACGGCAGCAUCACAUGAUUUACAGGUGAAACAAGUUCAAAACGUGCAUGCUGAUAAAUCAAUGUAUGGCAUUAGUGAAAUAUCUGUUUUAUCAAAUUUACCAUCAUUUCAUCCAAUUACUAGUUUGCCUCCAGAUAUAAUGCAUGAUAUUCUUGAGGGAAUUAUGCCAAAGCGAACUAGCUGUUUAUUACAUACAAUCGUAUCUACUCGUUUAUGUUCAGCUGUACAAAUUUGUCAACGAAUAAAUACAUUUACAUAUGGUACAAAUGAUAAACGAAAUCGUCCACCUGUAUUCAAGGAAAAAGAUAUUUUUGAUAAAAGAAUUCCCGGUAAAGCAAUGGAAAAAUAUUGUUUAUUUAUAAAUUUACCAUUUAUAUUACUUGAUUUUAUUGGCAAAGUACCUUAUUGGUUUUUAUAUGAAUUACUACAACAAAUAUGGGACAUAUUAUACAGUGAUUAUCCAAGGAAAUCUUGGCUUUCAGCUCUUGAGCAAUCAGUUCAGGAAUUUCUACAAUUGUUUCAAACAAUUUUUCCUGAACAAUUUAUUCCAAAAUUUCAUUUUUUACUUCAUGCUGCGCGUAACACUUCUAAAUAUGGCCCAUUAAAACGACAAAUGAAUUUACGUUACGAGGCAAAACAUCAUCUUUUAAAGCAAAUCGCUAAUCGAUGUAAUAAUUUCAUUAAUUUACCUUGUACUGUAUCUAGGCGUGUUCAAUUACGACAAUGCUAUGAGCUCAUGGAUGAAAAUACAUUUAAAUCUUAUGGUAUUAGUGGUAAAUUUCGUGAACGUCGAACAACAAGUGGAGAAGAAAUCCCGUUAUUCGUAGAAAUAAAAUAUAUUAUUCGUAUUGAAAAAGAAUGGCGUUUUAUUGUUCAUUGCUAUGAUACUGUGACAUUUAAAGAAAAUUUGUGGUGCUACGAAAUUAAACCAUCAGAUGUCAAUCUUGUAUUAAAUAAAAAUGAAUUUUUAACACAUAAAGCAGAAGACUGUUAUCGGAUAAACAAUGAAUAUUUCAUUCGUGUACCUUAUCGUUUAACUCUUGUUGAAUAA